GUUCCUCCCCUCCAACCGCGGGUCUUUCAGAGGGCGGGGAUAAAAGGGGGGGGCGGUAUUGUCGCCAUAGCAACAAAUCUCUUCUACCAGCCCUUGGGCAAAAAUCAAUCUAUGUUGCGGUAUAGAAAAGGAAACAACGCACGCAGCCUUCAGCAGUGGUGAGAAAUGAGUUGAUUAAUUCGUCUGUGGCCUUACACCGCCAGCUUUAUCUCCCUACAUCUCUACAUUUCCCCCAAUAAGGGGAGUACUGAGGAAGAUAAAAUGGGCCCCGUGAUUCUUCCAGCCAAGGACCCCCAAGAAUCGGUGGCAUUUAAAGAUGUGGCCGUGGAGUUUACUCAGGAAGAGUGGAGGUGUCUGGACACAUCUCAGAAAGAGCUGUACCAUGAUGUGAUGAUGGAGAACUACAAGAACUUGGUCUGCCUGGGGCUUGUAUUGAAUAAGCCAGCUGUCAUCUCCCAGUUAGAGGGAAAGGAAGCACCUUGGAUGACAGAGAGGCAAGUCCAAAGAAACAGCUGCCCAGGUUGGGAGAUCAGACCUGUAAACAAGAAGCCCAUUAAAAAAUUGGGCAUUCUUGUGGAAGAAUCAUCUCAGGAAACACUCACAACUGUUUGUCCUUACAUCUCUAAUUUGGGAGAAUCUUGGGAAUAUGAAACCAAGUCACAGGGGGAGAAGAGUGAUGAGGAGAAAACUCAUCAAAGAAACAUCAUCCAAAGGAAAAUACAGAGUAAAUUGAGAAGCCAUGAAUAUAAUAAAUAUGGUCGAAUCUUUGCCGUAAGGUCAAUUCUUUUUCCACAACAGAGAGUCCUCAUAGAAAAGAAUCUUCCCCAAAGUGAUGCACAUAGAAAGGGAUUUAGACUCUAUUCAGAUCCAAGAAAAUAUAAUGAAAUUUGCUCAAAGAAGAAAUUUUCUAAGUAUAAUAUAAGAGGGAAAUAUUUCAGUUAUCAUUCAGACCUUAUUGAAUAUCACAGAACGCAUAGGGAAAAGAAACAUCAUGAACAUGGAAAAGCCACAUUAUGUAAAAAACAACUUACUCAACAACAGAGAAUUCAUGCUACACAGAAACCUUAUGCACAUAUUGAAUGUGGGAAAGCCUAUAACAGGAUACAACUUACUCAACAUUUCAAAAUUCUUGCUGGAGAGAAAUUUUAUAAACACAGAGAAUGUGGGAAAACUUUCCAACAGAGUAUACACUUCAAUUGCCAUCAGAAAAUUCAUACUAGAGAGAAACCUUGUACAUGUAAUCUAUAUUCUCCCAGCAAAAGAAUUCAUGCUGGAGAAAAACUUCAUGAGUAUAAUAUAUGUGGAAAGGCCCUUCACCAGAGCACCAAACUUAUUAGACCUCAAGAAAUUCAUAUUGUAGAGGAACAUGAUUCCAAUGAAUGUGGGAAGACUUUCAACCAAAAUUCACAUCUUACUCAACAUCUGAGGAUUCAUAAUGGAGGAAAACUUUAUAAAUGUGAUGAAUGUGGGAAGACUUUGAAUUAUAGUUCAUCCCUUAAAUCUCAUCUUAGAGCUCAUGUUGGAGAAAAACCUUACCGGUGUAUUGAAUGUAGCAAAGCCUUUGGUAAAAGGACACACCUUAUUCAACACUGGAGAAUUCAUACUGGAGAGAAACCUUAUGACUGCAAUGAAUGUGGAAAGGCAUUCCGUCAGAGCUCACAGCUUAUUCGACAUCAGAAAAUUCAUACAGGAGUAAAACCUUUUGAAUGUGAUAAAUGUGAGAAAGCCUUCCACCAAAGAUCACAGCUUACUUACCAUCAGAGAAUUCAUACUGGAGAAAAACCUUAUGAAUGUGAUGAAUGUGGUAAGGCCUUCUGUCAAAGCACUGAACUUACCCAACAUCAUAGAAUUCAUACUAGUGAGAAACCUUUCGAAUGUCAUGAAUGUGGUAUGGCCUUUCGCCUGAGUACUGGACUUACUCGCCAUCAGAAAAUCCAUACAGGAGAGAAACCUUAUGAAUGUAGUGAAUGUAGGAAGGCCUUCUGUCAGAAAGCAGAACUUACCAUACAUUACAGAAUUCAUACAGGAGAGAAACCCUAUGUGUGUAAUGAGUGUGGAAAGGCCUUCCACCAGAGCUCACAAUUAACUCGACAUCAAAAAAUUCAUACAGGAGAGAAACCUUAUAAAUGUAAUGAAUGUGGAAAAGCCUUCCGCCAGAGCUCAGAGCUUACACGACAUCAGAAAAUUCAUACAGGAGAGAAACCUUUUGAAUGUGAAGAAUGUGGGAGAGCCUUCUGCAGAAGAUCUCAGCUUACUUACCAUGAGAGAAUUCAUACUGGAGAAAAACCUUAUGAAUGUGAUGAAUGUGGGAAAGCCUUCUGUCAGAGUACAGAACUUACCCAACAUCAUAGAAUUCAUACUAGUGAGAAACCUUUCAAAUGUCACGAGUGUGGUAUGGCUUUUCACCUCAGUGCUGUACUUACUCGCCAUCAGAAAAUCCAUACAGGAGAGAAACCUUAUAAAUGCAGUGAAUGUGGGAAGGCCUUCUGUCAGAGAGCAGAACUUACUGUACAUCAUAGAAUUCACACAGGAGAGAAACCUUAUGUAUGCAAUGAAUGUGGAAUGUCCUUUAGACAGAGCUCACAACUGACUCCACAUCUCAGAAUUCAUACUGGAGAGAGACCUUAUAAAUGUAAUGAAUGUGGAAAGGCCUUCAAUCGCAAUUCAUCCCUUGUUUCCCAUCACAGAAUUCACACUGGAGAGAAACCUUAUGAAUGUAAUAAAUGUGGGAAGACGUUUCGCCAGAGUACAGGACUUACUCGACAUCAAAGACGUCAUAUUGCAGAUAAAUCUUAUGGAUGUAAUGAUUAAAAGAAGGCUUUCCUGGAAAGUAAACAUCUUACUUAACAUUAGUUUGCAGUGAAAUGGAGACUUAUGAAUGUGCCCUUUUUUGUUUCCAUUAAAAAAAUGUAAUGCUACAUUUUGACAAAAGACACUUCCCAACAAAUAUCCUCUAGGGAGGUUUUGCUUGUUAACAGAAAGGAUUAAUGUUUAAUUUACCUUUGAUAGUAUAGUAGUGACAUCAAUCAUUGUAUUUGACCAGAGUUUUGUUGCCUCAUAAUGCUGACUUCAUUAACAUUAUUACAAUCAUUGUGUAUGCUAAGUUUGGCUCAGUUUUCAUUACUUUGCAAUGUUUCAUAUAAGUCUUUCCCCGUGGUGCUAUGAAUUUUUAUUAUCCUUCAUUCCUUAUAGCCCAGUAAUAUGAAAUUACAUUCAUACCACACAGGUUGAGCUAUUUCUUUGAUUGUUGGGCAGACUUUGUUUCCAGAUUUUUGUUACAUAUAGCGGUAUUAUGAAUAUUCUUUGAGUAUACGGGUCUUGUUGUUAUUAAUAACUUAUUUGAGGUAUAGUACCAGGAAUAGAAUUUGGGGUCAGAGGG